AUGGGAGCCACUCGUACCAAAUAUGGCUUAUUUCUUUCUCAAUCCAAGUAUAUUGAAGAUAUUAUCACUCAGGCUGAUAUGCUUCAAGCAAAGUCAUUACACACUCCCGUCUCUGCUGGCUCAUCUCUUUCUAAACAUAAUGGUGAUCCUUUAUCUGAUUCGUUUCUCUGUCGAAGUAUAGUAGGGGCUUUACAAUAUCUUACACUAACUCGUCCUGAGUUAGCCUUUGUUGUCAAUCGAGCUUGUCAAUUCAUGCAAAAUCUCACAUCUUCUCAUUGGGGAGCGGUUAAACGUAUUCUUCAAUAUCUUCGUCAUACUCCUCGUCAUGGGAUCUUUCUUCGAACAAAUUCACAAUUCACUCUUGUUGCCUACUCUGAUGCUGACUGGACAAGAUGUCCUGAUGAUCGUCGUUUAACAAUUGGAUUUUGUAUUUUUCUAGGUGACAACCUCAUUUCUUGGAAUUCUAAGAAACAACAAGUAGUUUCUCGUUCUAGUACUGAAUCUGAAUACUGUGCUCUUGCAUAUACAACUGCUGUUCUUUGUUGGAUUUAA